AUGGCCGCAGGAUUUGGGGCCCCCCGUUACCUGCGGGCUCACCUGGGGCUGCUGCUGCACCUGUGGGGGCUCUGCGGUGUGCCCCCAGGUGCCGCCCUGCCGUCCUCAGGUGCGACCCCGGAACCCUCAGGUGAGCCCGAGGAGGGCCAGGUGCGCCUGGCCGGGGGCCCGCACAGGUGCGCGGGGCGCGUCGAGGUGUUCCACGCGGGCAGGUGGGGCACGGUGUGCGACGACACCUGGGACCUGGCGGACGCGGCCGUCACCUGCCGCCAGGUGCGCUGCGGCCCCGCCCUGUGGGCGCCGGGCGCGGCGCAGUUCGGGCGUGGCUCAGGUGCGAUCUGGCUGGACCAGACCAACUGCAGCGGCAGCGAGGCGCACCUGGCCCAGUGCCCCGCCCACACCUGGGGCCGCAACGACUGCCAGCACGGGGGAGGACGCCGGCGCCGUGUGCGCAGACUCGCUGGAGCCGGAGCCGCCCUCACCUGCGCCUGGCCGGGGGCCGGCACCGCUGCGCGGGGGAGGGUGGAGCUGCUGCACCUGGGCAGGUGGGCCGGGGUCUGCGGGCACACCUGGGGCCCGCGGGAGGCUCAGGUGGUCUGCAGGUACCUGGGCUGCGGGACCCCCCUGGACGCACCUGGGGACGCACCUGGGGACGCACCUGGGGACGCACCUGAGGGUGCACCUGGGGCCACACCUGAGGGUGCACCUGGGGCCACACCUGGGGCCGCACCUGGGGCCGCACCUGGCCAGGUGUGGCUGGAACAGGUGAGCUGCAAAGGCACCGAGAGCGACCUGAGGCAGUGCAGGGCGGGGCCCUGGCGGGAGCGCACCUGUGCCCGGGGGGGCGUGGCCAACGUGACGUGCUCAGGCUGGGCGCUGGCCACGCCCCCUCAGGUGCGCCUGGCGGACGGGCCAGGUGCGUGCGCGGGCCGGGUGGAGGUGCUGCACCUGGGCAGGUGGGGCACGGUGUGCGACGACGGCUGGGCCUUCCCCGCCGCCGCCGUCGUCUGCCGCUACCUGGGCUGCGGGCAGGUGAUCGCGGCCCCCGCCCGCGCGCGCUUCGGGCCCGGCCGCGGCCCCGUCUGGCUGGACAGGCUCACCUGCACAGGUGAGGAGGCCGCGCCCCACGAGUGCCGCCACAGAGGGUGGGGAGUGCACAGCUGCCAGCACAGCGAGGACGCCGGCGUCGUGUGCGCAGGUUCGGGCCUGGCCGACCUGGUUCACCUGCGCCUGGCCGGGGGCCCGCACAGGUGCGCCGGCCGCCUGCAGGUGCGGCACGAGGGGCGCUGGGGCGGGGUCUGCGGCCUCACCUGGGCGCUGCCCGCCGCGCGCGUCGCCUGCCGCUACCUGGGCUGCGGCCCCGCCCUCCGCGCCGCCCAGGUGAGCGUGCCCCGCGACGAGCUCACCUGGGUGGAGUCGCUCAGGUGCGAGGGCGGCGAGGGGAACCUGCUGGAGUGCCAGGUGAGGGCCUGGGGCGCCCCCCCCUGCCCGCACGCCGCCGUCACCUGCGCCGAGCCAGGUGUGUCCCUGCCUGAGCCAGGUGUGAGCCCGGCACCCUCAGGUGAGCCCCAGGUGUCCCCAGGUGCAGCCCCGCCGCCCUCAGGUGCGACCCCGGAACCCCCAGGUGAGCACCUGACACCCCCAGGAGUGCCCACAGGUGUGACCCCGGAACCCUCAGGUGAGCCCGAGGAGGGCCAGGUGCGCCUGGCCGGGGGCCCGCACAGGUGCGCGGGGCGCGUCGAGGUGUUCCACGCGGGCAGGUGGGGCACGGUGUGCGACGACACCUGGGACCUGGCGGACGCGGCCGUCACCUGCCGCCAGGUGCGCUGCGGCCCCGCCCUGUGGGCGCCGGGCGCGGCGCAGUUCGGCGAGGGGGCGGGGCCGGUGUGGCUGGACGGGCUCAGGUGCGCCGGCAGCGAGGCUCACCUGGCCCAGUGCCCCGGGCACACCUGGGGGACGCACACCUGCAACCACGCCGAGGACGCCGGCGCCGCGUGCGCAGCCUCGGCGGUGCCGGCCCCGCCCCAGGUGCGCCUCUCAGGUGCGCCCGACAGGUGCGCGGGGCGGGUGGAGGUGCUGCACGCGCACCUGUGGGGCACCGUGUGCGACGACGCCUGGGGCCCGCGGCAGGCGCAGGUGCUCUGCGCUCACCUGGGCUGCGGCCCCGCCCUGGAGGCGCCGGGCGCGGCCAGGUACGGCCGGGGGGAGGGGCCCAUCUGGCUCGAUGACGUCACCUGCACGGGGGAGGAGCCCGACUUCUUCAGGUGCGCCCACCGCACCUGGGGGGAGAACAACUGCCACCACGGCGAGGACGCGGGCGUGGUGUGCGCAGGUAACUCGAGCUCAGGUGAGGUGCGGCUGGCGGCCGGGCCGCACCUGUGCGCAGGUAGGGUGGAGGUGCUGCACGAGGGGCGCUGGGGCACCGUGUGCGACCACGGCUGGGACCUGAGCGACGCCCAGGUGGUGUGCCGCCAGGUGCGCUGCGGGCCGGCGCUGGCGGCCCCGGGCGGGGCGCGCUUCGGGCGGGGCUCGGGCCAGGUGUGGCUGAGCGAGCUCACCUGCGCGGGCAGCGAGCGGCACCUGGGGCACUGCCCCGCCCCCCCCUGGGGCAGCAACACCUGCGGGCACGAACGCGACGCGGCGGUGGAGUGCGCAGCCCCGCCCCCCACGCCCUCACCUGUCCCGGCGGCUCCGGGGGCGCCUCUCCAGGUGCGCCUGGCCGGGGGCCCGCACAGGUGCGCGGGGCGCGUCGAGGUGUUCCACGCGGGCAGGUGGGGCACGGUGUGCGACGACACCUGGGACCUGCGGCCCGCGCGGGUCACCUGCCGCCAGGUGCGCUGCGGCCCCGCCCUGGGCGCGCCCGGCCGCGCCCGCUUCGGGCCCGGCGCCGGCCCCGUGUGGCUGGACCAGGUGCGCUGCUCAGGUGAGGAGCUCACCUUGGACAGGUGCGAGCGGCAGCCCUGGGGGGAGCACGACUGCGGGCACGAGGAGGACGCGGGCGUGGUGUGCGCAGGUGAGCACGGCACAGGUGCCGACCCCCCCCAGGUGCGGCUGCGGGGCGGCCCCGGGCCCUGCGCGGGGCAGGUGCAGGUGCUGCUGCAGCGCACCUGGCUGCAGGUGUGCGGCCUCACCUGGGGGCUGCCCGAGGCGCAGGUGCUGUGCCGGCAGCUGGGCUGCGGCCCCGCCCUCGGCGCACCUGUGGGGCCGCACCUGCCCGGGGCGGGGCCUCACCUGGCCGGGCUCACCUGCGACGGCUCCGAGUCGCAGCUGCAGGAGUGCCUGCGGGAGGGGGCGGGGCCGAGCACCUGCACAGGUGGGGCGGCGCAGGUGCGCUGCGCCCUGCCCGCAGGUGCGGCCCCCACCUGCGCAUACCUGGUGGCGCUGCUGGUGCUGCUGACGUCGCUGGGCGGGGCCCUGCUCUGGCUCACCUUGCGGGCCAGGUGUGUCCCAGCUCACCUGGACGCCCCGAGGGCCCCCGGCGCCAUUUACCUGCCCAGGAGGGACUCACCUGGCGAGGCCGAGGAGCUGCAGCUGAUGGACGACGCCCCCUGAGCUCACCUGGCGGGGCUC